CAGUCGUGCUCGCGUUUACUCUUCUACUCGCCAAAUCGAAGCAUCGCGGUCUCGGCUAAUUUUUCAUAAUGAAGAUCAAUGACUAUGCAGCCAUGUGACGAAGAGCAAAACAUCAAGAUGAUCUCUAAGGUAUGUCUGAGUGUAUCGGACAACACAAAUUUGUAUCUUCAAUGACGGGAUCGACAAAAACGGGGCCACUCCAGCCCCAUCAAGAGGAACCGGUGUCGGAACCAGACGCAUCGCCGGUAUAUAAGAAAUCAUCGUCAACUGAGCAUCGCAUGCGACAGAAAAUGACACCUGUUCCACAACAGGCAGAACAACCAAUACAAUUAACUCCACUUUGGGAACACGUGGUUCGCACGCAACAAUUUCCCCCGGAUGUGGACACAUGUUUGGUAUUCAAUGAGAUAUUGGCAAGGCUUCGUGAUCCUGAAUGGGAAGUACGUCAACAUGCCAUGAGGGUAUUAGUUGAUGUCCUACCGACACUGGAUGUAGAGGAUGUGGAUGAACUCAUGGAUCCAGUUGUCAUCGAGCUUAUUAAUAAUCUCGGACACGUCGCUCCUGCUGUCAGGAAAGGAGCAUUAGAUACUUUGAGAGUCUAUCUCAGUUGCAGUCAGAACCGAGAUAAUAUUAUUCAAACUAUUUUAGCUCGAGGGUUGAAUUCUGAAGAUGUUACAAAUUCAUGUCAAUCAAAUAUUGCACUUGGAGUAAUAUUAAGUGCUCCUUCACUCCUCUUUCCAUCAUCUUCAAACCGUUUUCAACCAUCAAAACAAAGCUUGAGGAUGGUACUUAUUGUCUUAACUAAUCAUUUAGUACAGUCCUCACUUCAAGAAGCAGUCUUAAAGUCACUCAUCAAAAUUCGUGAUAUUAUCGGAAUAAAGGAGUUUGAUUCUUACCUUUCUGAGUGCCAUCCAAAUGCAAAACAAGAUUUUGAAGCUUUAUGUAAAAUUCACAACAUCAGUUUCACUCCUAAGAAGACUAAGAAAGUUAAGAAGAGUAGUAAGAAGAAGUUGAAGAAAGAGAACUUGAAUGAAGGGGAAUCUCAAAGUUGCCAAAAUAUGGGUGAAGUAGCGAUGGUAAAUGACGAUAAUUUAACUAUACCACCUUCAAGAAUUGUGUUAGAAACUGAAAUUAAAUUAAAUCAAGAAACUGCAAUAACAAUGACAAUUUUAGAAGAGAAAGAUGAAAAUUCUGAAAUGGAUAGUGCUGAUGAAUUAAAUUUAGCAAAGGUAAAAGAAUUAAAUGAUGAAGAAAGGGAUAGAAUAAUGGAAUUAGACAAUGAACCUCAAGACGUUUGGAUAGAGAGACGAAAAACACCUAGAAGAGUUCACUUUGGAGGUGAAAUUAUUAAACUAAGAACUCCUGAUAGUGAUGAUUCAGAAAUAAUUCAAGUGCAAGUGCCACAAACGAAAAUCCCUCUUCCCGUUUCUCCAGUUACCAAAAUGCCUCUUUAUCGACCUGGGAAAUCGCAAUCCCAUCCAUGCAGUCCAAAUCUUCCCCGAAGGCAUAUUCCCAAAAGGUCUAGGUCGGUUUCUAAUAGUCCUAAGAGAGAGAUUUAUGUAUACGACGGUAGUUUGAAUCCCAAGAAAGGUAUACUAAUGAAGACUAGUUCAACAUUUGUGAAUCAAACUAUUCAUCAGUCACCGAAUGAUAUUGAUGAUGUUUUUGGUAUGAGUGAGAAUGAUAGAAGCUGGGCAUUUGAAGUCUUUGAAGAAGUUGACGAGAAUCUAUUGAAAAAAGAACAAAAUCUGUUUGUAGAAAAAUCGAAGAAGAAGACUAAAAGGUCUACUAAAGUUCAUUCUUCUUCUGGGCUUGGCCAUAAACGUGAGAAAGUACAAGCUCAAGGUGAAUGUAAUAAGUUAGAUGAGUCUCAAGAGAAAUUCAAUGAAAUUCACUUUACUAAAACUCCUAAAAUUAAGGAUACUCCCUCAAAUUCCAACGGCGAAUCGUCAGACAUGUUAAAUGAUGUGAAAAAACAUCCUGAUAAAAAUAUUGAUACUUCAAGACUGGAAAGUGCAAAGAGUGAAAAGAAUGUGAAAAAUUUGGAAAAAAAAUUACACAAUGAUUACUCGAAAACUGACGAAGUAGAGAGAGAAAAAGGUAAAAGUUUGAAUGUCGAAAAUAAAAGUUCAAGAAAACUUGAAGAUAAAACCCGGUCACCACGUAAAGUCUUUGAAACUUUUCCUCGACAAGAGCGAAACUAUAUUCUUAUGGAGCUUUCAAGUCCUGUUAAAAGCAAUUCAAGGAGUCGUGAAGUUUCUCCCGAGGGUAUUCAAUCGCGUGAAAAUUCUCAAGAGUUAAAGACUUUGUCUGAUCCUUCAUCUAUAGAGUUAAAUGUUCCAUCCUUCCUUAAUGAGACAUUGAAAAUAAAACAAAUUGCACCGGUGCAAGAAAUUCAGUCAACGUCGUUGGAAAUAAAGGAUGAAGUUAGCAAAGGUAUUAAAGAUGAAUCUAAUGAGACAGAUUUAACUGAAACAAUAAAUAAUCCUGAUAAUUACGAAAAUAAUGAGAAAACUUAUCGGAGUAAUGAUACUGAGAGUAAACUUCAAGAGUCGAAUUGGGAGGAAUUAGGUAUAGUUGAUCAAGAAGUUCUAAAUGAUCUUCACAAUAAGGAAGAUUGGAGAGCGAGGGUUCGAGGUCUUGAGAGAGUAGCAUCAGCUCUAAGGACUUCAUCAGCAUUGAUUCGUAUUGAACCACGUCUUGGUUCUCUAUUGAAUGCUGUUUUGGGAUGCGAAAGAAGCUGUCGAGUGGCUGCAGCAGGCAUGGCUGUUGCUAGGGUAGUAGUUGCAGGGGUGUCAGAGGAAGCCCUUAAACUUCGACUGCCUCAACUUGCAUGGGGCUUAGCUCGACAAGGUGGUCCAAAUGCUGCACAACUUGCAAGAAUUGCUAUGCUACGACUAAGACCAGCUCUUUUCCUUGAGCAACUGCUUCAACCUUACUGCAUUAACGCCGAAAAUGCUAAGGCAAAGACUCGAGAAAAUGCUCUUCAAUUGCUCAUUUUUUCUUUGGUUACUUUCCCAAGUACUGAGUUCAAAGUAGAAAAUGUGGCGAAUAAGGUAGCUUUGAUGGUUGGGGAUAGAAAAAGGCGAGUCAGACAAGCAGCUUUAGAUACUCUCGCAGUACUUGCACAAAUUUAUGAGCCUGAGGAAGUCCUUCAAGCUGGUCAACGGGCAGCUAAAGAAUUGAAAGAAGGACCAGAAAUGGUUGCUGCUAUCAAGACAAGAUUGGCUAGAAAAUCACUGCCUUUAGUUUCGGCUGAUGGACUUGUUGUUUAUGGAUUACAAAUUUCUCCAACUAUCCAAAUCGCUGCAGGACCCGAUGUAGAUUGGAUUGUUGCUGGAAGUGGAUCAGUUUCACCUGGUACUGGUAGACCAAGGGGUCAAAUAAUUCCUAUGAAUCAAUAUCAAGCUAGAUUAAAUAAAUCAGCGAACAAAAAAAGUGAAACGAGAAAAAUUUCAAGCUCAGAAAUAAAUGUUGCUGCAACUGCAGCUUGGCAAUUACUCUCACCUCCAUACAAAGAUGAAACUAAUCCAUCUGACUCAAAAAUUCACGAGAAUAACCAAAAUAGUCUAUCAACUUCUACCGGUAACCUGUCAUUUUAUAGAAAAACAUUCAGCGAUGGAGAUUUAAGUAUUAAAAGUUAUUCAAAACUUCCAGAAAUACAAAGUGAUUUUAAACUACGAUUAAAAAAUAAUUUAACGCCUUAUUUAAAUCCACUUGACAACUUUGGAGAUGCUUAUGGUUCAGAUGUUGUAAAUUUAUCUUUGCUCCAAAACGACAAAGACGUCAUAAUGAAGCAAAGGAAGACCGAAGAAAAUUUUCAUAGAAGGAUGGAUGAAAUUUAUGCAGAAAGACCUCAUAAUACAUUUAGAAUUGAAUCAAGAAUUCCUAUAGCUCAGUUUGGAGAUCGUAAUAUUGUUGUAAGACACAGUACAGCAUAUCAAAGGAGACGUCGUCUUAUUAAUGAUGAAGAGAAAUAUCAAACAUCAGCAUCAGCUCCACAAACUGCUUCAGGACCACGCGAUGAAAGUAUAAACAGGAGAUACAUGAGUGAUAGAAUUAAACAGGAAUCUCGGCCAGGUUCUAAUUCAUGGAAUGAGAACUUACCGUCGCCAAUUUCUCCAUUUCGUAACUUGUCCACUCCAAACCAUAAUUACAGGAAAAAAAGUAUAAUUCAAACCACCAUUGUUAAACCAAAAGAACUUUUUCCAUCUAGGCCUGAUUCACGAUCUCGAACGAUUUCCAACUCUUCAACGAUAUUUAGAGCAGAAUUUAUGAGUCCGUACAUUAAUACUGAAGAAGAAGAAGAAGAAGAGCAAGUGAAUGAACAAAAUCAACGUAACUCUGGACAAUUCAAUAAUCAGAUCAAUGAUUUAGAAGAACGAAUAUCGCCAUUUAUAGGUCGCGAUCGGGAAUCGUAUGACGUCUCAAGUGACUCCUCUAACGAGAGAGACAACGAACUGAGGGUUCAAGAGGUCAACGAAGAAAGCAGAAAAGAUUCUUCGGCUGAAAAAUCUUUUGAUGUCAUUACUAAUAAAUCCAAUCCAUCACGGAGUAAUUCCAUUGAGCAGAUAUCAGCGAAUGUACUAUCGAGUGCGACGAAUUCAACUGAUUUGGAAAAAGAAACGAGCUCUGAAGAUGUUCCUUCAAGUAGAGAAAUUGAUAGUGAUGAUUCUCGGACUCAUAAUCCACCCUCAGGCUCUUCAGCUGCUUCUAAUGAGAGCGGUUCGAUCGAUGAAGCUCUGAACAAAGUUGCAACUCCUCGACAAACUGGUGGUAUUCAAGCAAUUGCUUUUGAUGAUCGAGACGAACCGGAUAUAUCUUUGGCUUUCGAUCGAGACUAUUCGACCGAGCUUAAGAUCAAUAUUGAGUCGAGAGCUUCCAUUAAUGCAGAAUCUGAGACUUUUUCCAACCCACCGGAAUUCCUGGAAGACCAGGAAGAAGAAUUCCAGGAUGAAGAAAAAAAUGAGGAAUCUAACCACGAAGCUAUGAAUACUGUGUCGAUAGUCGUUGCUGCUCAUUCUCGACCUCAUUCUCGAGCUGUGGCUGAGUAUCACGAAGCCACCUUUCAGCCUCUCGACAUCCGGCAGUCCCCUGAGGAAACUUCAGCCUCCUGUGCGAUUAUUCAUGACCCAAAUCCUCCUUCAGCAAGAUCAAGUGACCACGAAGAUAUAUCCUUUACGAGUGAAAUUGUUUCUGAAAUCCAUCAGAAUGACAAACAGUUUGGAGACACUGAAAUUCAUGUUGUAACAGUCCAACAAAUAUCUAGGGCUCCAAGCCGUGCAAGUAAACAUGAAGCAGAAGUAGAAAUUGCCGAAACUCAUAUUGAGGCUAAUGGAAUAGCAACACCAAAGAAACAGCCAUCAAAAUUGCCACGAAGUCGUGUAAAAGUAAAAACGGGAUUCAAUAAAAUUACACCACUACAACCCAACUAUGUCGAAAAAACAUUAGGAAAAUCGAAACCAAUUUUAUCUCAAUGUUUUAUCCAGCUUGAAAGCAAUGACUGGGAAGUGACAAUGAAGGGACUGAAAACAUUAUCAUCGAUUGCUAGACAGCAACCUGAACAACUAGACACCUGUCCACCAAGUAUAGUAGGUCGAUUAUUAGGUCGGCAUAUCAGAAACUUGCGUUCUCAGGUGGCUAGAACAGCUUGUAUAGCUGCUGCUGACGUGUUUGAAUCACAAGCACGUUCUGUAGAGCAGGAUCUUGAUGAUAUUGCGAGUCCUUUGCUACAUCGAACAGCAGACACCAACAGAUUUCUUAGGGCUGAUAGUAAUAUAGCACUUGACCGUAUGAUAGAACAUCUUCCACCUCAGAGAACAAUCAUGGUUAUCGUUAAUCGCGGUGCCAGUCAUCAAAAUGCCAUUGUGAGGGCUGCUACUGCACGACUUCUGGACUCGAUUGUUGAUCGAAUAGGACCUAAUCAGGCUAUGAGUCUUCCCCGUGAUGUUAGAGAAAAAUUAUUUAAUUCUGGAGCUAAACUUUUGAUGGACGGAAACUUAGAUGCUAGAAAUCAUGCUAAAAAGAUGUUUAAAAAAUUAUCAACUUGUGAAGGAUUUAGAAAAGCACUCAAGGAUUCUGUGCCUGAAACGACUCUUCGACAUAUUGAUAAAACGCUUAAAACAUUGUAAAUUAUUUAACUUAUUUUGAUCAAUUUUUAAAUUUAUAAUUAUACCAAAGAACAAAAAGAACAACAAAAAUUUUCUCAUUAUUUUCAUUUUAUUUAUCUUUUUAUUACCAAAGAUGACCAGGUAACAAAUAAUUCUUUGAAUGAAUAUUAGUUGACUGUGUAUAUAAAUGAAUGAGAAGACUUGAAAUUAUUUAUUGUUUUAACUAAUAUUAAUGAUCUAUUAAAAAUAAUUUAUAUUUAUACAUAUGAGUAAUUGAUACUGCAAAUAAAUAUACAUAUAAAUACAUAUAUGAAUAUAUUUAC